CUUAACGCUCGUGGAGUCUUCCAGAAGUCGCCGGCAGAUCCGUGCGGCUUGGACCUCCCCAACUCUCCAGAUUUUCAUCUCUCAAACUCAUCAUUUUAUCCGGGAAAAGUCAAAUUGGUACCCCAAUUUCUCCGUCAACAUGUCAACGUUGGGCACGCUUGCCUUCGAUGAAUAUGGGAGGCCAUUCAUCAUCAUUAAAGACCAGGAUAAGAAGACAAGGCUAACGGGCAUUGACGCACUGAAGUCUCAUAUUAUGGCAGCCAAGGCAGUUGCGUCAACGCUGAGGACAUCAUUGGGACCGAACGGAUUGGACAAGAUGAUGGUUGACAAAGAUGGAGAAGUGACUGUCACCAAUGAUGGAGCCACUAUUCUCAGCAUGAUGGAUGUUGACCAUCAGAUUGCAAAACUUAUGGUGGAGUUGUCCAAGUCCCAAGAUGAUGAGAUUGGGGAUGGAACUACUGGAGUUGUUGUAUUGGCUGGGGCUCUUCUUGAACAAGCUGAGCAGCUCCUGGACCGCGGAAUCCACCCCAUCAGGGUCUCCGACGGUUACGAUCAGGCCGCACGUAUUGCGAUUGAGCAGCUCAACAAAAUCGCAGAAACCUUUCCGUAUGAUCCCAAUAACACAGAACCCCUCAUUCAGACCGCCAUGACAACACUGGGAUCUAAAGUCAUCAACCGGUGCCACAGGCAGAUGGCAGAGAUCGCAGUCAAUGCUAUUCUCACCGUGGCUGACAUGGAGAGAAAAGAUGUUGACUUUGAGCUCAUCAAGAUGGAGGGUAAGGUAGGAGGCAAGUUGGAGGACACACAGCUCAUCAAGGGCGUCAUUGUCGACAAAGAGUUCAGUCACCCUCAAAUGCCAAAGGUCCUGAAAGAUGUUAAAAUUGCUAUCCUUACCUGCCCGUUUGAACCCCCUAAGCCCAAGACCAAGCAUAAGUUGGAUGUCUCCUCUGUUGAGGACUACAAAGCUCUCCAGAAGUAUGAAAAGGAGAAGUUUGAAGAGAUGAUCCAGCAGGUCAAAAGCAACGGUGCUAACUUGGCCAUCUGCCAGUGGGGCUUUGACGAUGAAGCCAACCAUCUUCUGCUCCAGAGCAAGUUACCUGCUGUCCGCUGGGUCGGAGGGCCAGAGAUUGAGUUGAUUGCCAUCGCGACCGGGGGCCGCAUCGUGCCGAGGUUCUGUGAGCUGACUCCAGAGAAGCUUGGCACUGCUGGCCUGGUGAAGGAGAUUUCCUUCGGCACCACAAAGGAUCACAUGCUUGUGAUCCAGGACUGCAAGAACACCAGGGCUGUGACCAUUUUCAUCCGUGGUGGCAACAAAAUGAUUAUUGAUGAGGCCAAGCGUGCGCUCCAUGAUGCUCUUUGUGUAAUUCGUAACCUGGUCAGAGACAACCGUGUUGUCUAUGGAGGAGGAGCUUCCGAGAUUGCUUGUGCUCUGGCCGUCAACCAGGCUGCUGACAAGUGCCCAUCAUUGGAGCAGUAUGCCAUGAGGUCAUUUGCAGAUGCUUUGGAGGUAAUCCCAAUGGCACUGGCUGAGAACAGUGGCCUUAACCCCAUUCAGACCAUGACGGCGAUCAGAGCCAGACAAGUCAGAGACAACAACCCGCACCUGGGCAUCGACUGUCUGCAUAACAACACCAACGACAUGAAGCAGCAGCAUGUGAUCGAGACCCUCAUUGGCAAAAAGCAGCAGAUCUUGCUGGCCACUCAAGUCGUCAAGAUGAUCCUCAAGAUCGAUGACAUCCGAAGCCCAGGAGAGUGCGAAGACUGAAGCCCCCGCCCCCAGAACAUCUGAAGGCUCGACUGUGCUCUAGAAUGUUGCAACCUGCCGGUUCUCGAGAUUGGAGGCACUUCCCCAGCACUGCGUCCAAACCGCACUGCUUACUGCUAUUUAUCAUUUGAUACAAUUUCCUGUUCUCGUAUCAAAGUUGCCAUUAAAAUGUUGGUCUGGAGAAA